AUGGAAGAAUUCAUGAACCCAUUCAGUGAAAUGUAUGCGUUUGCUGGAAAUGGUGGAGAUGAUUCAACAAACCGAACAAAUGAGAAUACUCCAAGUACGAGAAAGACGUUGACGGAAGCACUUAGUGUGGAAAGCGCUUAUGGAACCUAUAAUAAGCCAUCAAAGCUGUUAGCAAUUGAAGAUUAUAACCGGUGGGCAAAACGAUUCGAGGAAUGGUUGAAAGCCUUCGCGUACCCCAGUUGGAAAAGCUUAAAAAACGGUUUUAACAAUGGAAGAGAAGACUUUGAGAACAUGUCAGAAAGUGAAGAGAUUGAAUAUUUUGUGGCCGAACAAAAAUGUCUAGCUUUGAUUAACCAAUCAGUGAGAGAAGAUAUUAUCUCACUGAUUGAUUAUUCAAAUGCAAAGGAUCUUUGGGAUAAAUUACAAAAGAAAUGUAUCGAGUUGGCCAGACAUGGGAUUGUGUUUACUCAAGAAGAGCUUGUGGACAAGUUAUUUGAUUCUUUGCCAGAUGAAAUGGAUUGGCAAUACUUCGCAAUGAUGAUCAAAAAUACAAUCCAGCCAAGUGUUCUAACAGUUGAUUUGCUGAUAGAGAAACUGGAGAGUCAUGAGCUCGAAAUAAGGAAAACACAUAAAGUCAAUCACUCGUUAUAUCAACAAAAUGUGGAACUUUAUUAUCCAAAAAGCUUGAUGCAAAAGACAGGAUCUCUGAAAACAGCCUUCACUGCAGAAAGUUCACAACCAAUGACUCAAGAAACAUCACACAGUGGUUUUCAUGGAGGAAUUUCUUCCAACAAUCCAAGUCAAGGACCAUCUUCAAGCACCUCAAACCAACAGCAAUCAGCACCAAAGAAUGUCUUUCAAUGUAACAUUGCAGUUGACUUGAAAAAUGGUCAGAAUUUUAGUGAGGAGUCGGCGAAACAACAGAUGAUUUUCUUAGCAUCUAACAAAUCGGAACCUCCAAGGCUGAAGCAGAUUGAAGAAAAAGAUAAGGAAAAGUCAAGAGCUCUAACAGUCAUUCAUGAUGAUGAGGGAUACGACUGGAGUGAGAUAUUGCCUGAAGAAGAUGUGGUUGGUUACGCAUUCGCAGCAGGAAAGACUGUUCCGUUCAAAGAUACAAGAACAGAAGAAGAAAAGUUUGUGAACAGAAGAAUGAAAGCCCAAACAAAACAAUAUGCUGAAGAAGAGGAAGCUAGAAAAAGAGAAUUGUGGGGUGAAGGUGAAAAGAAAGUGGAAGAAAAAGAAGAAAAGGUGAAGUCGGCAGAAAAGAAGAUCGAUGAUGGGGUGAUAGAUACAUCACAUGAGCUCACAGCCGAAAAUCUGAUGAAGAUGGCAGACAAAGUUCUAGCUGCAAAAGAACUGGAGGUAGAUUCUAGUUUUGGAACUGAGUCAAACGCCAAGGCAGCUCAACAUGUUCAAAAAGAAAAAUCACCAAGUGUUGAUGUUCUAAAAGAACCGGAGGUGAAAACAAAAGAAGUUCCAGUUGUUGUAACCGAAGAGAAAACAGAUGAUGAAGUAGAGAUCACUGGUUUCAGAGCUGCUAGUCCAAAACCUGCUCAACAAGAUAUUCCAGAGUCAUCGCAUCAGAAAGUAGAAGAUUUUAACUUUGAUUUUGACAAUAUUGGUCCGGUUACUGGUAUUUUCUCUGAAGAUAUGCCUGAAGGUGAAAGUGAUAUGUUCAAUGAUCAGGCGGUUAAAGAACUGAUGAAGAAAGUUAAAGAACUGGAGAAAGAGAAAGCAAAAGUUGAGGAAGAACGUGAUAUGCUGAAAAGUCAAAUUAAUGAUUUGAUUGAAGCUCACAAUAAAAUAGUUGCAGCAUUGGUUGAAAAGGAGAAAAGAAUGAACCAAAUGAAGGAAUGUCGAGGGAAAUUCUAA